CUUGUACCCCGCUAUAUGCCUGACGACGCCGCCGCCGCGCGAGGACAUCAGAGACCAGAGUUUAUCUUUUCCCUUCGUGCAAGUAACACGAGAAAUCAAACUACAAUGAGUACCAAGGAAAACAACGAGGUCGUCGUCGAAAAGGCCAACACAGACGCGAAGGUGAAUGCAGAUGCAAAAUGUGAAAUCAAAGGCAUCAAGAGGUCAGCUGAGGAGAAAAAUGAAGAGCCUAAGAAACAAAAGAAGGAAGAAAAUGGCGAUGGUGAAGUUGAAGAUGAAGAAGGUGAUGAGGAAGUAGAUGGAGAGGAAGAAGAAGUAGACGGCGAAGGUGAAGAUGAUGAAGAGGACGAGGAAGUUGAGGGUGAAGAAGAUGUAGAUGAAGGAGAUGAAGACGAAGAAGACGAUGCGGAGGCAGAUGCAGAAGGUAUAGACGAUGAUGACGAUGACGCAUAAUGAAAGAAGGGUGAUCAGCAUGUAAGUAAAAAGGGAGAAAGGCAGUUGGUGUUUUCACCAUAGAUCGUCAGCAGACUUUUCAGCAAACACUUGCUCUCAUAUUGAGUGGUUUAGUAGCAAUGUUGGCGGUCAUCAUGCCCAUUUAAAGACUGUCAUAUCCUCCCAAUCUGCAACUUGAAGUUGUGUGUCAUCUUGCCAGAAUUGCAUUGAGCCGACGUUUUUGUUAUGUGCAAUCACAAACUUACAUCCUUGGUUCCUUGCAAUUCUGGCCUUUUACCUAGCCUUCACCAAAUACUAUUAGGUUGUUUUAUGGAAAACUAUAAAUUCGUUUUGAGAAAGCAAACUCCUGGGAAGCACCCUCAAUCGCAACAACUGAAAAGAGUCAAGUGAGCCCUCAAAGAGAGAUAAAAAAAAAAAAAGAAAAGCGGCGAAUCUAUUGUUCUGUCCAAACUACCUAUUAACUGGUAUUUGCCGUCAUCUGGCUUUCUUCGCGGGACAGUUUUAUAAUGAAAACUUAUUUAAGAUGAAAAAGCUCUAUUGUAUUUAAAUAGUGUAAAAUGAACAUUUGUGGGUGAUGAUUUUUUUUACAUUUAAAAUCAAAUUUACGUUUGUAGUUCGGUGAAUGUCUCUCACCUAAUGCGCGUGACUGAGUUUUUUUUCCGACCAAUACGAUGUGUAAUGCAAGUGUCACAUAACAAAUGCGGAAGCGAGGAAUUGACCAACAAAGUUAAUUAACUUGUAAUAUUAAAUGUUAUUAAUAUUAAAUUAAUUAUUAUUAAAUAAAGAAAAGUAAUUAAGAUAUCUUGAUUGAAAUUGAAAUAUUCCUCGCUCCCGGGCGCUACAAAGGUAUAAAAACACGAAAAUAUCUUAUGCAAUGUUCGCGCCAAAUUUGUGUGGAUGAGAAUUGUGUGACUUUAACAUUGCAUAAUAAUUAUACAUAGCAUGUAUAAAGUUAUGAACUAAGGAACAUUUUAUUAUUAACGAUACUAUGUAACGUAAUAUAAUGUGGAAAGGUUGUUACUCUUCUACUACUACUACAGUUGGGCAUAAACACAUAGGGAGAGUUCUCAGAUAAUGCAUUCUUAGGGUUUGUUUUGCCAGAAAGUACUUUAUUCAUUUCUUCAAUGCAUUAUUUUAUUUUACUUCUUUCUGCAUUUUUCCUUAGUUGGACAAAAAUUGUACAUUUUUCAAUUAAUCGUCGAAAUUUAUAGACGAACAAGAUCAAAUUAUAUAUUGUCGACAAAUGAUUAAUAUUAAUAUUACAGGUGUAAUACAGGAUCUCCCUAUUCGAUAUGCAGUUAUCGACAUUUGAUUUUUUAAUUUUUGACUUGCUCCUAGACCUCGCACGAAGCAACGAUACCUCUAGAAUUUUUGUCUCUCCAAAUGGCAUUUCACUACAAAUUAUAAUAAUUGUUAGCAAAUGAAAAAGUUGAACUAAUUUUGACACAAAUAUUAAUAUGUAUUUAGACAAAUGCACUAAUUACCGGACAGCCGACGCGACGGGAGGUCGUUGCGACUGAGAGGUCAGUCUUAACAAUAUUCCAGGGGACUUGUGGGCAAAAAUAAAACAAAGAAAAAUGGGUGAUGAGACAUUGCGGUUACGAUACCAUUGUACCAUAGCUGCGUUAUAAUGAAAUAAAAAUAACGAUUUUUCAAGAAUGAACGAGACGAUGUCCCACGUUUUAAUGUACAAAUAUUUUCGAAGGAGAUAGUUAAAUAAAAAAAGAAAAAAAAGAAAAAAACUCAGAUGGAUCGGAGAUAAUGAUUCGUUUCUCGCAAACAGUGAUGGGUUUUCAACGUUUUAAUAGAAUUUUUCAGCUCUUUUUUUGUAAAUUCAUUACAAUACAAACAAUCUACUUUGUAUUAUCGCCGAGUGGAGGAUAAUACAAACCGAAAAACCUAAUCUUCAUGCGUAUCAAAUUCAGAGAUGUUGGAAAAUUCUUAGAAAGUUAUUGAAAUGCUGCUUUUCAAUCAGUGAAAUAUUCUUUCUGAAACAAUUUUCCUCUAAAAUCGAUUACCUACUAUAGAAAAGAAAAGAAAAGAAAAGAAUUAAUUUUCGAAAUUCUUCGCGCAUGCAUAAUGCAUCGCUAUCAAUUACUAUGCAUUGUGCAUGUGCGAUAUAUCUUUUUAUUUAUUUUUUUUUUAACAAUUCCAUAUACAUAUAUUUUUAUUCUCGGACAAUAAAUUGAAAUUCAAUUUAUUUAUUUAUUAUGAAAUUUAGCUAAAUUUUUAGCAGAUUUUGUUUUUAUUAGUACAUAUGUAAUUAAUAUUUUUCGAAGAAGGAAUAAAGUUUUGAAUGAUAUUUUCAAAGAAAUUUAUCUAGAAAAAAAGCGUCAAGAAUUAAAUCAUCUCGAUAUUUAUAUAAACAUCUGAUACAUUGGUGUGCGUCAAUUUGAAGAUAGUAAUGAUGAGAAAUAUUACCUUAAAGUACUUUAGACACAUAUAUUAUGCGUUUCAUUUUAUUAUUCUUACAAUGACAGAGAGAGACCCCAUUUGUAUAACUCCUCGUUUUUGAUUAUACCUUCUUUAAUAAGUUUUUUUUAUUGAAAAGGACAUCAAAAGUGAGGCAUAUUCAACCAGAUACAUACUCGUUUAUUUUAUUAUUGUCAAAAGUUACAAAAAUUAAGUAAGAAAAAGUAUACAUUGAUUAUUUAUUGUACGACUUAUCGUUGAACGUGAAUUCUUAGAAUAAGAAUUUAAUUUGUGUGUUUAAUGAGGUCUUAUUAAAAACAUUAUUUGUACUAUAUAAUUGUACCCUUUUCGACGAGAAAGCAAUGUAAUCGAUCCAUUCAUUCUGCCCAUUCCAUCGAAUCUGAAUCUUUCAUUGUAUUUUUAAGUAAAUACAUUUUGAAAAACAA